UACUAAAACCACCAACACCCAGUCAACAUGUCCAAGAUCGGAAUCAACGGAUUCGGCCGUAUCGGUCGUCUGGUGCUGCGUGCCGCCAUCAGCAAGGGCGCCUCGGUCGUCGCUGUCAACGAUCCCUUCAUCGGCGUUGACUACAUGGUGUACCUGUUCAAGUACGACUCCACCCACGGUCGCUUCAAGGGUGAGGUCUCGGCCCAGGACGGUUGCCUGGUUGUCAACGGCCAGAAGAUCCAGGUCUUCCAGGAGCGUGACCCGAAGGCCAUCCCAUGGGGCAAGGCCGGUGCCGAGUACGUCGUUGAAUCGACCGGUGUGUUCACCACCAUCGACAAGGCCUCCGCUCACUUGGAGGGUGGUGCCAAGAAGGUCAUCAUCUCGGCCCCAUCUGCUGAUGCCCCGAUGUUCGUCGUCGGUGUCAACCUGGAUGCCUACGAUCCAUCGAUGAAGGUUGUUUCCAAUGCUUCCUGCACCACCAACUGCUUGGCUCCCCUGGCCAAGGUCAUCAACGACAACUUCGGAAUCCUAGAGGGUCUGAUGACCACUGUCCACGCCACCACCGCCACCCAGAAGACCGUUGACGGACCCUCGGGCAAGCUGUGGCGUGACGGUCGUGGUGCCGGCCAGAACAUCAUCCCAGCCGCUACUGGCGCUGCCAAGGCCGUCGGCAAGGUCAUUCCAGCCCUGAACGGCAAGCUGACUGGUAUGGCAUUCCGUGUCCCAACCCCCAACGUAUCCGUCGUCGAUCUGACCUGCCGUCUGUCGAAACCUGCCAGCUACGAUGUCAUCAAGCAGAAGGUCAAGGAAGCCGCCGAGGGACCACUGAAGGGAAUCUUGGACUACACCGAGGAAGAGGUCGUCUCCACUGACUUUGUCGGCGAUUGCCACUCUUCCAUCUUUGACGCCAAGGCCGGAAUCCAGCUGAGCGACACUUUCGUCAAGCUGAUCUCCUGGUACGAUAACGAGUUCGGUUACUCCAACCGUGUCGUCGACCUGAUCAAGUACAUGCAAUCCAAGGACUAAAUUUGUUAAGCCUUGUAUCCACGCGCUAAGAACUAUUUCUCAGGGCUUGAUGCCGCUGAUCUGCUAAACAUAGACGUUGCGUAUCACACACACACACACACACACACACACAUAACACCUCCCAACUCGGCUCGGUGAGCCGAACCCUUGAUCCUCCAGUUCUGCAACAAAACAAAUUGGAAGCUACUCUUCGCUAAAUUUAAACAAAAAGAAAACACAUACACACACACUACUAUUCUGUUUAGUUCGUAAGAUUAAUGAUAAUAAUAAAUUUAAUUAUUAAAACGUAUAAGAAAGAAGAAAAAAUGCUGAAAAUUAUUAUACCUGUUGUGUAUUGUCAAGUAAUUGAUAUAACCCAAAAACAAAACAAACAAACAAAAAAAUCAAUCGCUUAGAGGUUAGAGAGAGACAGACAUCUACGCGCCAUCAACGUUUGCAUCAUCCCGUCGAUCCUGGAUGGCACCCAAACCAAUGCUAUCAGUUGAGUUUCAACGCACCAGGGGCAUCCCUCUUGCCGACGAACGACACGACUGGGAUCGACGAUGAUUGCAAUCCCCAACACAGGAGUCAAAUAAUCAUGUAUUUCAUUUUGAAAAUGAUGCAUUAUGAAGAACGGAAUAAACAAUCUAGAUUGUUACUAGUCGAA